AUGUACAUAGCCUGUUGUAAAUUAUUCUUACACCAUGCAUACCAAUUUCUUUUAUCAAGAUUGUGCCAUUUUCCCAGAUUAACUACUACUACUACUACUACUACUACUACUACUACUACUACUACUACUACUACUACUACUACUACUACUACUACUACUACUACUACUACUACUACUACUACUACUACUACUACUACUACUACUACUACUACUACUACUACUACUACUACUACUACUACUACUACUACUACUACUACUACUACUACUACUACUACUACUACUACUACUACUACUACUACUACUACUACUACUACUACUACUACUACUACUACUACUACUACUACUACUACUACUACUACUACUACUACUACUACUACUACUACUACUACUACUACUACUACUACUACUACUACUACUACUACUACUACUACUACUACUACUACUACUACUACUACUACUACUACUACUACUACUACUACUACUACUACUACUACUACUACUACUACUACUACUACUACUACUACUACUACUACUACUACUACUACUACUACUACUACUACUACUACUACUACUACUACUACUACUACUACUACUACUACUACUACUACUACUACUACUACUACUACUACUACUACUACUACUACUACUACUACUACUACUACUACUACUACUACUACUACUACUACUACUACUACUACUACUACUACUACUACUACUACUACUACUACUACUACUACUACUACUACUACUACUACUACUACUACUACUACUACUACUACUACUACUACUACUACUACUACUACUACUACUACUACUACUACUACUACUACUACUACUACUACUACUACUACUACUACUACUACUACUACUACUACUACUACUACUACUACUACUACUACUACUACUACUACUACUACUACUACUACUACUACUACUACUACUACUACUACUACUACUACUACUACUACUACUACUACUACUACUACUACUACUACUACUACUACUACUACUACUACUACUACUACUACUACUACUACUACUACUACUACUACUACUACUACUACUACUACUACUACUACUACUACUACUACUACUACUACUACUACUACUACUACUACUACUACUACUACUACUACUACUACUACUACUACUACUACUACUACUACUACUACUACUACUACUACUACUACUGCAUAUAGCUGA